GAGCUUUGACCAUACAAUGUUGCCUUCACGAUAGCAUCGUCGUCUGGUCCCACUUGCCAGCCAUCAAGUGUCGUCAUGAGUCUAGCUAGCUCCAGUAUUUGUUGACCCCUCAUGCAUAGCUACAGCCAUGUCGCCUCUCCAACGUCUCUCAGCUCUCUCUAAUCAACUGAUCGGUUCUUCAAAAGUACAGAAUCGCGCAUACACCAUGUCUUCCCAAUUCACCCUCCAGUCUACUCUUGCUCUGCCGAACUCGUCGGUCAAGAUUCCCGCUCUUGGUUUCGGUGUCUACCAGUCGCAUGGCCCUACCUGCAAGAAGUCAUGCUUGACUGCCCUCGAGGCCGGCUAUCGCCACAUCGAUAGUGCACAGUACUAUGCGAACGAGCAGUUGGUGGGUGAUGCCGUCAAGGAGUCCAACGUCGAUCGCAAGGACGUCUUCAUCACUACCAAGAUUCUGAGCCCCGGCAAGGAUGAGGAGGAGACAUACCAAUCACUCGUCGAGAGUGUGAACAAGAUCGACGAGGGCGGCUACGUUGAUCUGUUCUUGAUCCACAGUCCCAGCUCUGGCCCUCAGGGUAGAAAGACUAUGUGGACUGCGCUUGAGAGACUGCACAAGGAGGGCAAGGCCAAGGCAAUCGGUGUCAGCAACUUCGGCAAAGGUCAGAUUGAGGAGUUGAAGACCUUCGCUAAGGUCUGGCCGCCGCACGUCAACCAGAUUGAGCUGCACCCCUGGAACCAACAGCGUGUGGCUGUCGAGUACUGCCAAGCCAACAACAUUGUCGUUGAAGCCUACUGCCCGCUGGUCCGCAACCAGAAGGCCGACGACCCGACACUCAAAUCGCUAUCCGAGAAGUACAAGAAGUCGACCGGCCAAGUCUUGAUUCGUUACUGCUUGCAGAAGGGUUGGGUUCCUCUUCCCAAGAGCGAUACUCCCAGCAGAAUCAAGGACAAUGCAGACAUCUAUGACUUUGAGAUCAGCAAGGAGGAUAUGAGCAAGUUGGACGACCUGGACCAGGGUGCAGCAGGUGCCAUUGUCCAGGCCGUAGACAACUAAACUGCAUCAUGUGCAGCAAAAGGAGAUUAAAUGUUAUGCAUAAUAGUAGCAGCAUGACUGUUUGUUACAUCUGCAGCAGCACCUGCAUGAACACAUACAAACCCCGUGUUCCUGUCAACGUGCGAAAACCAAAAGCGAACCUCCUAUUUCCUUAGUCAAUGUUUCAGACCUGGAGAACUGCUCCAACGUGCUGGACGAUGUAUGAUGCAUUGGAUGUGUUGCAACACGAGCAACGGUCAUCGUGUUUACUUCUUUCUCUAUGUAUCCCAAAGAUAGAUCGGCACAUCUCAUCUCCCAAAUAUAAUGACAUGCUCGGGAC